AUGAUGUUUUCACGGAGAGAAGAAGGUUCAGGAGCCUGGCGACUACUGCUUUCAUUUCUGCUCUUCACAGUCUGGGAGGCUGAGAGCGGCCAGGUUCACUACUCAGUCCUGGAGGAGGCCAAACACGGCACUUUCGUGGGCCGGAUCGCCCAGGACUUGGGGCUGGAGCUGGUGGAGCUGGUGCCUCGCCUGUUCCGGGUGGCGUCCAAAAGCCACGGAGACCUUCUGGAGGUAAAUCUGCAGAAUGGCAUUUUGUUUGUGAAUUCUCGGAUCGACCGUGAGGAGCUGUGUGCACGGAAUCUAGAAUGCAGCAUCUAUCUGGAGGUGAUCGUGGACAGGCCGCUGCAGGUAUUCCAUGUGGAGGUGGAGGUGAAGGACAUUAACGACAACCAGCCAGUUUUUCCAGUGGCAGUAAAGAAAUUGUUUAUUUCCGAAUCCCGACCGCCUGGUUCUCUGAUUCCGCUAGAGGGAGCAUCAGAUGCAGAUAUUGGAGCGAAUUCUUUGUUGACCUACAGUCUUAACUCUAACGAUUAUUUUACCUUGGAUAUUAAAAGAAAUGAUGAGAAUAUUAAAUCUCUUGGACUCGUGUUGAAAAAGCUUUUAAAUCGAGAGGACAUUCCUGAACAUCACUUAGUAAUAACGGCAGUUGAUGGUGGGAAACCAGAGCUCACCGGCACUACUCAACUGAAAAUCACCAUUCUAGAUGUAAACGACAACGCCCCAGAGUUUGAGAGGACUGUCUACAAAAUCAGUUUAUUCGAAAAUGCUCCAAACGGUACUCUAGCAGUGACUGUUAACGCCUCUGAUUUAGAUGAAGGAGUAAAUAAGGACAUUGUAUAUUCUUUCAAUACAGACGUGUCAUCAGAUAUUUUGUCAAAAUUCCACUUAGACCCACUUAAUGGGUACAUCACUGUAAAGGGUAACAUAGAUUUCGAGGAAACUAAGUUAUAUGAAAUCCAGGUAGAAGCGACAGAUAAAGGAAAUCCCCCAAUGGCAGGUCAUUGCACGGUUUUGGUGGAAAUUUUGGACACCAAUGAUAAUGUACCCGAGUUGGUUAUCAAAUCACUGUCCUUACCUGUAUUAGAAGACGCGCCCCCCGGCACGGUCAUCGCCCUGAUCAGCGUGUCCGACAGUGAUUCCGGAGUCAACGGGCAGGUGACCUGCUCACUAACAGCCCACGUACCCUUCAAGAUGGUGUCCACCUUCAAGAAAUACUAUUCGCUGGUUGUGGACAGCGCCCUGGACCGCGAAAGCGUGUCGGACUAUACUCUAGUAGUGACCGCGCGGGACGGAGGCUCGCCUUCGCUGUGGGCCACGGCCAGCGUGUCCGUGGAGGUGGCCGACGUGAACGACAACGCGCCGGCAUUCGCGCAGCCCGAGUACACGGUGUUCGUGAGGGAGAACAACCCGCCCGGCUGCCACAUCUUCACGGUGUCCGCGCGGGACGCGGACGCGCGGGAGAACGCGCGGGUGUCCUACUCGCUGGUGGAGCGGCGGGUGGGCGAGCGUGCGCUGUCGAGCUACGUGUCGGUGCACGCGGAGAGCGGCAAGGUGUACGCGCUGCAGCCGCUGGACCACGAGGAGCUGGAGCUGCUGCAGUUCCAAGUGAGCGCGCGCGACGCGGGCGUGCCUCCGCUGGGCAGCAACGUGACGCUGCAGGUGUUCGUGCUGGACGAGAACGACAACGCGCCCGCGCUGCUGCCGCUGCCUGGGGCGGGCGGCGGCGCGGGCGCGGUGAGCGAGCUGGUGUGGCGGUCGGUGGGCGCGGGCCACGUGGUGGCGAAGGUGCGCGCGGUGGACGCGGACUCUGGCUACAACGCGUGGCUGUCGUACGAGCUGCAGCCGGCGGCGGGGGGCGCGCGCAGCCCGUUCCGCGUGGCGCUGUACACGGGCGAGAUCAGCACGACGCGCAGCCUGGACGAGGCGGACUCGCCGCGCCAGCGCCUGCUGGUGCUGGUCAAGGACCACGGCGAGCCGGCGCUGACGGCCACGGCCACCGUGCUGCUGUCGCUGGUGGAGAGCGGCCAGGCGCCCAAGGCGUCGUCGCGGGCGUUGGCGGGCGCGGCGGGCGCGGAGGCGGCGCUGGUGGACGUCAACGUGUACCUGAUCGUCGCCAUCUGCGCCGUGUCCAGCCUGUUGGUGCUCACGCUGCUGCUGUACACGGCGCUGCGGUGCUCGGCGCCGCCCACGGGGGGCGCGUGCGCGCCUGGGAAGCCCACGCUGGUGUGUUCCAGCGCGGUGGGGAGCUGGUCGUACUCGCAGCAGAGGCGGCAGAGGGUGUGCUCUGGGGAGGGCGCGCCCAAGACCGACCUCAUGGCCUUCAGUCCCAGCCUUCCACCAGGUCCCAUUGACGGGAAUAGAGAAGAAAAGCUGGAUGUGGAUGUUGAUCUUUCUGCCAAAGUGAGUACCGCUUUUUAA